GUUACUUCAACUUGAACGUGUUCAAGUCCUUUUAAAUUCCUGUUUUUUUAUUUUUACACAAAGAAGCUGUAUUCUUAAAAAAUAUAUUUUAAAACGAUGUUGGUUUCUACCAGCAGUUAUUUGUAAAUGCAACCUUUAUUAAAUAAUAAUAUCACAGACAAGUUGAGACAAGUUGCUAAUGCAACCCAAGCAUGUAAAUGCAUGACAGUACAGUGUGCACUGUUGAUUAAGUUCCCACCACCAGCAUCAGUGCUGGGAACGUUUCCGUGUGAUAAUUAUUGUCUGAUUCUUCUCCCUAUUUUCAGUUUUAGAUUCAUGGCCUUUGGAAAGCUGAUCCAGCUAUUCUUUUCUCUCUGCUUCCUGCAAAGUGUAUUAGCAACCACUAGAGGGAAGGAGAUUGCUGGUGCUCUCAACUACUACACCAUAGAGAUUGACGAGGGAGAAGACACAGCCAGGAACGUGGCUAAAAGGAAUGGCUUAGACUACGUCCUACCGGUUGGAAAUCUGAAAGGGUUCCACAUCUUGAAGUUACCAAGCAAACGCAUCAGGAAGAGAACCACCAAACGCAGCACAAAACGGCUGCUGAAACGUCUUUCCCGGGAUCCCCAGGUCAAAUGGGUAGAACAGCAAGAUAUUCAUGAAAUAGAAAAGCGAGACCCAGCUUUUUUACCUGAUUUCUCAUCGCUUCUUGAAGGCGACAGUUUCAAUUCAAUCUCUGAACCACUGGAGCGGGAGAAGAAAAAUGCCAUCCAUCCAAUAAUCUUCAAAAUAUUGAGCAGUGAAAGUGAAGAAGGAAAGGCACUGCAGUUCAACGACCCUUUGUGGUCAGCACAGUGGGAGUUGUUCAACACUGGCCAGACCAACGGACCAAAGGGAUUUGACAUUAAUGUGAUGCCAGCUUGGAAGAAAAAUAUAACUGGCUCUGGAGUAGUUGUGGCAAUCAUAGACGAUGGUGUGGACCAUAUAAACACAGACCUGAAGAAAAAUUAUGAUCCUAAUGCCAGCUUUGAUUUCAACGACUUUCUUGAUGAUCAGCAUGAUCCAGUUCCCAAUUACGCGGAUCCCUCUAAUGGUCAUGGAACAAAAUGUGCUGGUGAAGUAGCAAUGGAAGCUAACAACAACUUCUGUGGAGUUGGCAUUGCAUAUAAUGCAAGAAUUGGAGGCAUUCGCAUCCUGGAUGGCAAAGUGACUGAUGCCCUGGAAGCUGCAGCCCUCACCUACAAGAACAAUUAUAUCGAUAUCUACAGCUGCUGUUGGGGUCCCAAAGAUAAUGGGAGGAAACUUGACGGCCCCGGAAGAUUGACAAGCAAAGCAAUUAGGGAGGGGGCAGAGAAGGGUCGAAAUGGUAAAGGAAAUAUUUUCAUUUGGGCCUCUGGAAAUGGUGGCAUGCUCGAAGAUCACUGUGGCGCUGAUGGAUAUGUGAAUAGUAUCUUCACAGUGGCAGUAGGAGCUGUUAGCAACCUGGGCCUCAGUACGUUUUACUCGGAGGCUUGUUCAGCAGUUAUGGCAGUCGUACCGACAGGAGGAGCAAGCAAUUCACCUUUUGAAAAAAAUAGCAUGGAUGAACUCGACUUGGUGACAACUGAACUCGAUAAUGAAUGCACCAAAACCUUCAAAGGUACUUCCAGUGCAGCUCCAAUGGCAGCUGGUAUAAUUGCAUUGGUCCUUGAGGUCAAUCCUAAUCUCACAUGGCGAGAUGUGCAGCACCUUAUUGUCCGGACCUGCAAGAUCACUGACCCUUUGAGCAAAGACUGGAAGAUAAAUGGAGCAGGCUACCAUGUUCAUCACAAGUAUGGAUUUGGUUUGCUUGAUGCUGGGCGAAUGCUGAAGGAAGCUCUUAAGUUGAAACCAAUGGGAUCUCAACGGCAGUGUAUAAGUAAUUAUAAUUUUCUAUCAGAAAAAGCUAUUCCUACAAAUGGUUCUCUGACGCUGAGCCUGAGAACAAAUGCGUGCCUGGGAACAGAGAGCUCGAUUGACACACUCGAGCAUGUGCAGGUGACUGCUUCGAUGUCAUCCUUGUGCCGCGGUGACCUCAGCAUUUCUCUCACCUCACCAUUAGGUUCUGUAUCUGAACUCCUUAAAGUCCGUAUGCUUGACAACUCCAAGAUGGGACUAAACAACUGGACAUUCAUGACUGUCCAUUCUUGGGGAGAGAACCCCAAAGGCGAAUGGCAUCUUACAAUUACCGAUAAUUUCAAUUCCACACUGGAUUGCGACAGAGAUGAGAAAGAAUUAAGAAAUGGAUUAAUCUACAAGUUUGAACUAAUCUUCUGGGGAACCUACCUGGAUGAAAAACAAGGAAUUCAGGAUAACGCUAGAAAUCUGCUGGAUGAAAGUAACGAAGACCUCAUGCAUCUCAGAAAACUCACAAAAGAAAACAAAAUUGAUAAACGACUCACCGACGAUUUCUUUUAUGAACAGAAGAGAAAGGUGGAUGAAGAUGCAAUUCUGUACUCGUGGUCAAACCCAUUGUUUACCCAUGAGGUACGAAAUGCAUCUGCUCCAAGUUCUAACAUGGGAGAAACUUUGCUGAAAUUCUGGUACCUUCUUCGCAAUAAAGAUGAAGCCAAAAGUUAUUCAAAAAGAGAUUUGUUGGCUGGUAAAUCCAGUGUACAGGUGAGUUUCUACACUUUCGAUUGCUUGUUUACCGUUUCUUGCCCCUUAAUAAUGGAGUGUUGUUAUAAAGCAGACAUCCAGCAUUAUGGGGUGGCACGGUGAUGCAGCGGUAGAGUUGCUGCUUUACACCACCUGGUUUUCAUCCUGACUAUGCGUGCUGUGUGCUGUGUGUAUGUAUGGAGUUUGUACGUUCUUCCUGUGCCCACAUUGGUGACCACGUGCUGAUGGUUCCCCUGCAUCACCCGCCACCACCCGGUAUCUAUGUAUGAAUCAUAGUAACUACUCACAAUUAGCGAAAGGGAAGAAAUUUGAUGCUGUCUUCGAAGAUAGACACAAAAUGCUGAAACAACUCAGCAGGUCAGGCAGCAUCUCUGGAGAAACGGAACAAGGGAUGUUUCGGGUCGGAAACCUCCUUCCGACCCAAAACAUCACCUGUUCCUUUUCUCCAGAGAUGCUGCCUGACCUGCUGAGUUGCUCCAGCACUUUGUGUCUAUCUAUGCUAUAAACCAGCAUUUGCAGUUUGUUCCGACAUAUUGAUGCAGUCUUCACCUGAUUUCCAUUUGUUUUCAGUGGAGAUUACUGCAGAGCAAUCAGGAACCAAUGUGCAAUUGCCCCCUCCCUGGUUGAAGAUGUCCAUUCACUUUUGGCAUUCAUGUUCCUAUGCCAGCCUAACUGAGGUAACAGCAAACUGUAGGAACGGAACCUCAUAUUCCACUUGGGUAACUUAUAACCCAACUGGUUGAACAAUUUUAAGUAACAUCCACACUUCUCCCUUUCUCUUUCCUGUGUUACAACUCCCCCCAUGGUGCC